AUGACAGCAGUAUUGCGUACAUACAAAUCAAAGUAUGCUAUCAUGAUUGUCAACGGAUUGAUUGAAAACAACUUUAUAUCCAACUUGUCCAUCAACAACCAACAACUCUGCAAGAUCCUUCUUGCCAAUAUCACAGUAUCUGGAUGGAAAUACGGAACCGAUUCAAACUGCUGUCAAUCAAUACUGUCAUUCAACACUGCAAGGCUGACAUUGACCAGUUGUCGAGGUCUCAUUAUCUCCAAAGAAAAACGGAAUCCAGACCAGAUUCGCUUGGAAUGUCAACAACAACUGACUGUUUGUUGCUACAUCAAGACUCGUCAGUACAGACCCACACAAUACAAUACUGUAUCAUCUGUCAUCAAUUCAGACACACUUGUCAGUCCUGUUCCGUAUACAAUGAGUCACAUAUGGAUACAUAUGGACACCAAUGCAACAAUCAAGAAUCAAUUGUCAUUUACAAGUCCGAAUUGCCAACCAACAAUCGUACUAAUGGACCAACGGACCAAUGCCAAAACACCUGCACAUCAGACAGUUUAUUGGACAUGA